AUGGACCGUAAUUCUCUUCUGCUUUGCAUCAUUUUAACAUACUGGACAUCAAAAUGUGGGAGCCGCUCACACGUUCCUUUAAACACUAACAUUAACGUUGACAUCAUCUGCUUGAGGGAAACACACGACACAGACUGGAUCGUUUCCUACUUCCGCAGAAACUUCAAGACUCGAAGCUGGUGCGGCAACUGGCCCCAGUAUUUUGACCUCCUGAACGCAAGUGCGCUCUACGAUCAGGAAACGUUGGUCGUGUUGCCGAGUUACAUUCUGAAACAAGGCAUUCUGCGUUUGAUCACUUCAAAGAUUUAUAACUUUCCUCUGACCACGUGGAUCAUUAUCGACAAUAACUGGAAUCCUCUCGAGGACGCGGCAUCACCGCAUGAACUUUUCUGCAGAGCCGUCGUCGUCCGGCAGCACACCGCCUCCAUCGCUAAAGAUCGCUUUUGGGACUGCAAGUCACGACGCACGAUUGGCAAGAGGAAACUUCUGGAGGACCUUUUGCUGGAGAAGAAGCGAUCAUCAAAAUGGACUAGAUUAUCCUCGAGGCCACUGAAGGUAGGAUGCACGUCUGACGGUGGGCCCAACGCCACAUGUAGAUAUGAUUUCCUCACUACGGUCAGGAGGCUUCUGGGGGCCUUGAACGUCAGCUACGAGAUGGUCAAGGUCGGAGAUCACAACUGGAUGUUUAACCUUUUGUGGAAGCGGAUCGACGUCUUGGACGGAAACAUUAUGCUCUCGGAGUACCGCCGACUUCAUAUCUUCUAUCCUGCCUUUCUGUUCGACGAAAAGGCGGUGUACUACGUCGGAGGAAAGGCCACCUGGCAGAACGGCAUGCACCUGAAUUCCUCGCUUGCCGAGUUUCUAGCACUACUCUUGGCCGCCGCGGUUGUGUGCCUCGCGUGCUUUUGCUUCCUCAACUAUCGCGAUCGCAGGCCGCUAGGAUCUGACAUCGGAGACAUCGGUAUGGUUGUCGUGGCUUCAGUGCUCUCUUUUCCUUACCCCGUUCCAAGUUCAUUCAAGAGAUCGAAUUUCGGUCGCACUGUCCUCUUUCACUGGAUACUCGGAGGCACGUCUUUAGCGAUAUUCUUCCAGAGCCUCUUGACGUCGAGCUCUAGUCACGGUCUCUCCUGGGAAGCGGACGACACGCAAGAAAAGUUGGUCCCGCAUCUUGUGGCUGGAACCGUGUCGGUGUGCGUGCGACGGCCCUACAUCCACGAGUCCCUGCUCGAGGAGAGAGUGAACGACUCGGACUUCUUGGGACACAUGGCACGGGCCUUCAGGCGGAACCCAACCAUUGUGGCGACCGUCGACGAAUGCCUCGACCACGUGGUAAGAAGGACCCACUUGUUUUUCACGGCUGUCCGCGAGCCCACUGAGCUAUAUAAGUACGGGAGGAAGAUCGCUCGCGGAAAAGAGACCAUGGUGCCAUCGCUCGGCAGCACUCCCGUCAGGAAGGACUUCCCGCUGAGGCACGAGUUCGCAGCAGUGUAUCGAAGGCUCGAUGAGACCGGUCUCAGGCCGUCCCGAUCAAAGUUUGAGGGAUGGAAGUGGUCGAUAUCUGAAGAGUCGGCGGCACCUUUGGAUGUGCGACCAUUCAUCAUCUUGUACCUGGCCGGGUGCGUCGCUGCGGCAAUAGUUCUCGCACUUGAGUGGUUGUCGUUUCUGACCUAUUUUUGA